UACGAACCAUUCUGUGUGUGUAUGAAUUAGCCGAAUGAUGAUAAGAAAGGUGUAUUGUUAUAUAUUUAUUCUUAUUUAGAGUGAAUGUUAAAAUUGAUCAUUUUAAAGAAAAUUAAAGUAGUUAUGAUAAGAAGAACAAACAAGAGAAGUAAAAAGAAUUUAAUUGAGUUUUGGCAAUCAGAAACAGAAAAAUCGUGUUGAAGAUUUUUUAUUUGAGUGCUGUGUUAGUGAAGAAUGUAAAUUUCAUGUUAUAUCGUGUAAAAGACAAAAACAAAAACACGUACAAUUUACAAAAAAGAGCAAAGAAGGUUUAUUGAAAAGAACUGAAGUAGGAAAAAGCCAUUUUAAUUACAUCAGGAGGAAGGAAACAGUCAAUUCUUUCCGCUGUCAUAGCUGCUAUUAUGAAGUUCCAGUUGUCAUUUGCCGCCCAAGUUGUAGUUGGUUUAUUAGUCAUGGUUCAAGACGUUUUGUUAUGCCCUACUGGAUGUAAGUGUAAGCAUACUUUAGCGUCGUGUCAGAACUUAGAAUUGACGACAGCAAAUCUUACUAGUUUAGCUAGGAACUUGUCUGAAAAUACUAUCGUCCUGUACCUUGGAUUCAACCAAAUCGAAAGCUUCCCAUCACAUUUGUUUUCAAAGUUACGACAAUUACGAGAGUUGCAUUUACGAAAUAAUUUUUUAACGCGCGUUCCCGACAAUUCGAAAAUGUAUUUUCCAAGUCUAGUUGAGUUGGAUCUAGAAGAAAAUCAAAUAGAUGACAUUUCGAAGGACAGUUUUCGAGGUUACGCUAAUCUCACGACCCUUAAUCUAAGGCAAAACAAAAUAAAAAUACUCCCGGGGAAGACAUUCCAAGAAAUGCAAAAAUUACUGUAUCUUUAUAUACAAACAAACUUAAUCGAAAAAAUCGAUCAAGACACAUUCUAUGGGUUAAAAGGUCUUCUUUAUCUUAGUUUGGCUGAAAAUAGAAUCAAGAGUAUAGCUGAAAACAGUUUUGAUGGACAAAGAACUUUAAAACAGCUGAUGCUACAUAGCAAUUUAUUGGAAGUGGUUCCAAAUCAUUUAAUUUCCCAAUCUAGUAGGAUUCAUAUGAUUGAUUUGUCAAUAAAUCAAAUCCGAAACUUAUCCGAGUUUUCUUUUUCUAACAUGAAAAAUGUCGCACAGGUAGAAAUUGUACUGCAUGGAAAUGUAUUAGAGUCCAUACCACUUUCAUCGUUUACUCUAUCAAAACGCUUAACGAUACAUUUAUCGCAAAAUAUACUGAAAUGCAACUGCGAGUUACUGGCAACGUAUAAAACACUAACUCAACCUGAACGACAAAUUAUAAUUAGUAACGCCGAGUGUGUCAGUCCUACUAAAAUGAAAAAUCGCAUGUUAUCAACAGUCUCUCAAACCGAACUUGACUGUGAUCCAUGCCAAGUGUAUGAUUGCUUGAAUAAUGGAAGAUGUGUUUCACAAAAUGGAAACGCAAAAUGUAUUUGCCUCGAUCAAUAUGAAGGUACCUUCUGUGAACGUUCUAAGUCAAAUCCAACUAAGCAAGUCCCUGUCGUGUGUUUAAAUCAAAAAUGUGCAAAUAAUUCAACAUGCAUCGCAAUAAGUAACACAGAGUACGUUUGUAGAUGUUCGGAUGGUUAUCUUGGCAAGUAUUGCAACGAAACUGAUGAAGAAGACACUCUCUCUUUGCCAACCUUGAUUGCCAUUAUUGGAGCAUGCGCAUUAGUGUUAAUUAUUGUAAUCACACUUGGCAUAUGCCUCUGCAGAAAAAAGAAGGUCACGAAUAAUAAUAACUUUCUUUUGGAUGAAGAAAAAACAGAAAAAGAAGAAAAAGAAGAAAAUGUGUAAAAAGAGGACCAGCUACUAUGCAGACAGUUACUCUUGUAGUCCGGUAAUUUUACAUUGAUAUCUAAGUUCGUUCUGCAAUCUACACAUACUCUUUAUCGCGAAAGGAAAUAAAGAUGGCAGCCAUACAGUGGCAAAUCAACUUUGUCUAUUUAAUGUCGGGUUUUUAUACACUUAAGUUAUCAUGCUUUGAUAAAAGCUAGGAAUAUUUUACGUAAUUUAUUUUUGAUAAGUAAAAAAAAAACAAGUGAAAGAAGAUUUGUGUUUUUGAUAAUACCGUUCUUGUAGGCUCCUCAAUAUGAAAAAACUUUGAAUCUAAAGACCCAAACCACCACGCAGCUAUUUCUACGCAGAUUUACGCAGGACAAAGAAAAAUAAAUUCAAUUUGGUUAUUAAAAAUCUUUUUUUUACUAACGGAACAUUAGUUAGAAAAAAAGAACCUCUUUCGCUGGAGGCCAAUAUAAGAAAAAGGGAGCCAUUCAUGAUGCACAUCCACGAUUCGUCUUUAUCGUUAGUAAACAACGUCACACGCAUAUAAACCUCGAUGUGCUUGAAAAGUAGCUACUUCAAGAGGGGUUGCCAAAUCAGUCAUCUUUUUUGUUACUUAUUCAUUCUAUAUCGAGGUAUUUAACACCACAACGGAGUGUUUGAUCUCCACCUUUAAUUGCUUUGAUAGCAAUUACUCACUAACUAGUCGAGUUGAAUGAGGUUUCGCCGCCAUGCCUAAUUGCAGCAAUUUUGAAGUUAAAAAUCUGUUAGCCAUCAUGACACGCAGACAACCGUAUGUAAUGGAACUGAUUAGUCAUAUAACGAAGUCACCACGUGCUUUGUUAGUCAAAGUUGACAUACUUGUAUUUCGCUAUGUUGAAAGCUAUGGAGUUUUCGAAAGAUGUUUUUGAUGGAACAUUAAGAAAACUUUUACUCUGUCAAAAUUUAUUUCAAAGUGAUUUUAUAUAGACAAAGAUUUGACGUCAAUAAAAUUUUUAUGUAUCGUG